CACCUUGUUAUUAUUCCACCAUGGACACUUGCUUACAAACAAAUCGCCAGUACCAAGCUCCACGUCAAACAGUACGGACGUGUAAAUUAAUAGUUGCCGUCGGUUUUCCUGAGACCCGCACUUGUUUGCUAAAUCAAAAGUUGCAAAUGCUGAGCUACUGUAUUGAGCGUUCAAAGUUUCGAAAAUAUGGCAACAUGGAGGAAUCUAAAAGUGAACCUGAUUCCAACAUGAACUUCAACGAGCAUAAAAGAGAUGACAGCAGUUUUGAGGAAGCUUCUAGUGAAACUGGGGAUGAAGGUGAAGAUGAGUUUUAUGACUGCACGGAAUAUCCUCCAGAAGGUCGUGACAAAUGUCUUGGUGACAUAAGGCUAUUAGAUUGUGAUGAGCCGCUGUAUAUCCCUAUAACACAAGAUCCAGUGCCAAAAACAGAAGACGAAUCGGAAGCAGAUGCAGAAUCAAUGCUGAAGCUUGGAGCUAAUUCAGGUUUCAGUAUGCAAAUGUGCUCUUCCCUGCUUUCCGAUAUGGAAGCCUUUAAAGCAGCAAAUCCAAAAGGAAAGAUGGGGGACUUUAUACGUUGGUACAGUCCCAAGGAUUGGGAGGAAGAUGAUCAACUUGGAGUGGGAAGGCUGAGCGCUCGCAUGCAGGCUCCUGGUAAUAUCUGGCAAACAGUCUGGCAACAGGCGCAACCAGUACCGGCUAGCAAGCAGAAACGUCUAUUUGAUGAAACGACUGAGGCAAUCAAAGUUUUAACAUUUUUCAAAACUCGCAAUAUCAGUGAAAUCUACGAGAUAACAAUAAUAUCACUUUUGCAUGCAGCGAUCAUAAAGUUCAAGGACAUUUUGGAAACCGCUGAAGUAUAUGAUAUAUUUGAAACUGAAGUUGACGCAUUACUUGCAAGUUUGGUCAAGUUAUCAUGGGAUGGUGAAAUAUUUGGAGAGCAUGGCCCUCAUGUGGAACUGAAAACACCAUGUCCCGAACAUCUGAUUGAAAAACUUGAAGAGUUGGAAACCCAAUUUUAUCAAUAUAAAUGUUUGGAGCAAAUUUUAGAUUAUCCAGACAGCAUUUCACUAGCAGAAGUAAAGCAAAAUUUCCAUAAAAUUAUGAAAAAUGAAAAUAGCUGCAACAUAAGUAGUUCCAAUAUCAUUGGCAAAUAUGUUCGUAUGAACAAUGAAACCGAUAUGACUGAGCCUAAUUUGGAUGUUGAAUUACAUAGCAAGCUAUUAAUUAAGGAAUAUGUUUUGCGAGUACGUGGUGAGAUGGUUUUUGGUCCUCAAUUUUUACGAGCAAUUGUGAAGUGCGAAGAAUUACGUUUAUGUGGAGCAUUCACUGAAAAUACUGCACUUAUUUUGACUUAUUGACGAAAGGCUUGACGAGAUGAAAUAAAUUUUUGUGGCAAAUAAAAUUACAUAUGUAUGUACAUACCUACAUAUUUUAACCGCC